CAUCGAGCGGAUCAGAUCAGCUGCUCGUCCCGCCGGAGAGCUGAGAUCCAUAACGGUAGAGAUCGGUAGAGUCAUCGCACGCACUAAUCACUCGAUCGGUCAGAAGCCCCUGGGGAGAUCUUUGAAUAACCAUGAUCUCGCAGCUGGGACGAAUUAGCAUUAUUGCUGCGGUGCUUUUGGCACUUGUGCUUGUCGUUCUUGCUAGCAGUGCAGAAAGCAAUGAUCUCAAUCCGAAUGCCGACUGCAAUCACACUUUGGUCAAAAAGAAGACUUUGGGGGUGGACCCCUCUUUCUGGAAGAAGUUCUUCAAGCACUGGAUACCCUUCACCAGUUCGAGGGGUAAAAUGGAGUUCCUGCUCUUCAAGAGGGACUUCGUCGAUUGCGGAAAGGAAUUAUUCGUUGGCAAUCUCGAUAACCUCAAGAGCUCCGGUUUCAAUGGACGUCACCAAACGAGAAUUGUUAUUCACGGCUGGAUGAGUCAGAGCAAGGGAUCCCACAUUCGCAAGAUUAAGAACGGAUAUCUGAGCCUGACGCAACCGGGAAUCAAUGGAGAGCCCGCCCUUUACGAGGACUUCAAUGUGAUCGUCUGCGACUGGAGCAAGAUCUCCACGAAUGUCAACUACUACGAGGUGGCCAAGACGGUGGAGGACAUGGGCGCCCUGCUGGCGGAUCUGGUGCGGUUCCUCAACCAGGAGGCGGAUAUGCAGUUCGACGACGUCUACGUGAUUGGACACUCGCUGGGAGCUCAGAUCGCCGGCAGUGCUGGCAAGCAGAUCCUGCCGUUCCGGUUCAACACCAUCUACGCCUUGGAUCCGGCGGGUCCUCAGUUUAGGGAUAAGACCGAUGAGUACCGAAUCGAUGCCAGCGAUGCCUCCUAUGUGGAGUCCAUUCAAACGAGCGUCAGUUUCGGUUUCGAGAAGCCCGUGGGACACGCCACCUUCUAUCCGAACUACGGAAAGAAUCAGAAGAAGUGCUACGUAUACGGAUGUUCGCACAAGAGAUCCCAUGAUUAUUUCAUAGAGUCCCUCACAAGUCCGGCCGGAUUUUGGGGACCCCGUUGCGAACGUCGUGACGAUGGCACCUGGAUUCUCCUUCUAAGCGAUGGGGAAUUCCGGAUGGGCGGGGAACCUUCCAUUCCAAAGAAUGGAACUUUUUAUGUGAAAACCUACGCGAAACCUCCCUAUGCCAUGGGUCACAGGUGGCAAACGGAACCUCCACCUCGUGAAGAUGGGGUUGAGGAUUCCUCAGAAGAGUAAUUUUAAUUUACAAUGCCUGCAAAACUGUAUAUAAAAUCGAGUGAGAAGUUAAAUUAUUUUAUGUUUGUGUUUUAAAUAAGAAUAAAGAUCUUUGUUAAGUGUA